GCCCGAGAAGGUGAGAUUUAAAUUUUUGCAGAUUUAACAACAUGCAAUUCCAAGGAAACGGUCAACCCCAUCCGGGAGGAUUCCGUCCACGUAGUGACAAACCGGACUUCUACGGUGGUGGUGGCGGUGGUCCCGGCGGCAAGCCACAUUUCAUGAACAAACCUGGUGGACCUCCACCAAUUCCUCCGUUUAAUCCGAAUGCGUACGGUGGACCAAAACCAAUGUACGGUAGCGGUCCCAAUGGACCAUCCGGAGGUCCCGGGGGGUUUAACAAGUUCCGCAGCAACAACUUUGGCGGGCCUACCGGAGUUGGAGGAAUGCCAAUAAAAAAAGAAUUCGGCGGACCAAAGUUGUACGGUAGCGGUCCGGGAAUGAAUGGCAGCGGAAAGCCCUUUUUUGAUAAACCGUUAGAUUCGUUCGGAGGCCCGAAAAAGUAUAACUCUAUGCCAAAUUCGUACGGCAACCGCAACGGUUACGGACCAAAACCUGAUUUCAACAACAUGAGUAAAGAAGAUCGUGCUAAAAUCCAAUCGCUUAAAGCGAAAUUCCCUGGUCAAGCAUUGGUUCCACCAAUCUGGGAAGAUCUGGAACCAUUCCAGAAAGACUUCUAUGUACCACAUCAAAAUGUUAUAAAUCGAUCUCCAGAAGAAGUCCAAUCAUUCCGUGAACGAAUGCAAGUCACAGUUAUGGGCAAUAGCGUACCACAUCCAGCGCAAAAUUUUGAAGAAGGCAAUUUCCCAGAUUUCGUAAUGAAUGAAAUCGAAAAGCAAGGCUUCCCAUCCCCGACAGCCAUUCAAGCGCAAGGUUGGCCAAUAGCAUUAUCUGGUCGAGAUUUGGUCGGAAUCGCGCAAACUGGAUCCGGCAAGACGCUUGCCUAUAUGUUACCCGGUAUCGUCCAUAUUGCAAACCAGAAACCACUACAACGAGGAGAAGGUCCCAUAGUUCUAGUGCUUGCCCCAACUCGUGAGCUAGCUCAGCAAAUCCAGACCGUAGUGAGAGACUUCGGUACACACUCUAAGCCGCAAAUUCGGUAUACUUGCAUCUUCGGUGGCGCGUUGAAAGGACCACAGGUACGCGACUUGGAGCGUGGUGUUGAGGUAGUUAUUGCAACUCCUGGUCGUCUAAUCGACUUCCUAGAGCGCGGUAUUACCAAUCUCCGUCGAUGCACAUAUCUUGUGUUAGAUGAAGCGGAAUACGUACCGAGUGGUUAGACACUAUUACUGCUGGAUGUGAUAUGUCCUUUGAUUAACUGCACUACAUCUGCUCGAUUUUAAUUACUUUUAAUCUAUCAGUUAAGUUGAAAAAAUAUUAAAUCACUUAAACACUAAACCGAAACUUAAACAACGGGCAUCACUUCUGCCUCGCGGAAUAAAACUUAAGAGUUAACACCUAAACGAACCGCGGACUAUCUAUAACGACGUAGGCACCUGCCUCACGAGGGGUAUCACUAUAACGACGUCGGACUUCCUUGAAGUCCCAGCUUAAGUCUUCGCCGCUACUCCGGUCACUCCGAAUUUUCCCGCGGCGUCGUCUUCUCACGAGAGCGGGCCGCUCUUCCGUCUCUUUCCUCGCGAACGUGCCCGUGCACGGCUGAUGCAAUCGUUGUUGACUUUUUCGUAAAUCCGCUCGGUUGCAUGUUUUGAUUAAACAUCCGCGAAUUGGAGUUUUUUGCUGUAAAUAUAAACUUAAAACAUUCGAACUUGCGUUCGAUUUAAUAACUGAGGUAUUGUUUUUGCCUCCAUAAUCAAAACAAUACCUUCUUUGAUUAUGAUCCACUUUUCAUAUUUUCAUAACAUGAGUGGUGGAUGGAAUUUCAAGUUUCAACACUUGCGAUGUUGAAACAAAUUGACAAGAGAAAUGAUUUCAUCAUCUUGUCCAUGCAUAUUAAUGACAAGUUUUUCCAAAGAUGUUUUUUCCAUUUAGGAUUUUUCUUAAUCCUUCUUUGGAAGAGAAUGGAAAUUAAUUGUAACCGCCUAAAAUCAGGUCGGCUCAAU